UCUCUGGAGCCUGGCGGGGCUGGGGCUCGGGCGGCGUAAGGGGAGGCGCGGCCCGGGCGCGGGGAGCCCUUCGGAGCCGCCGCCGCUUUCCGGGGACCGGCGCGUUCCUCCAGCGGGUCCGGCCCCGGGCGCUUUCCGCGGGGGCGCUCCGCGCUGGAACCGCUCCCGGGUCAGAGCCGCGUUUGCGGAGCGGAAAGCCCCGCUGUCGGAAAGCCCCGGGCAGUCCCUUGGGGGGGUGGUUCCCAGCCAGGGGUACGCAGAGAUCUGCCAGGGUGCAUCAGCUCAUCUAGAGAUUUGCCUAGUUUCACAACAGGCUACCUACAAAGCACUAGCGAAGUCAGGACAAACUACACGUUCAGACAAGGACUUGUUGGUACUGCUCUACGUACUACGCGCUGAGAGCAGAGAGGGAAAGAUUUCCAACCAAUCGACAUGGUCCGGCAACACUCGAGACCUGAAUACUGGUUCCUCAGCUUUCUGAUUGCUAGCCUGUCCAGAGAAGUCUUAGACUUUACUGCCCUUGCUGAUAAUCACACUUCAAAAGAUUUUGGUGCUGCGGCUGCCACCAUCGUAACCUCGGGAGAUGUUUAUGAAUAUGUGGACGUCCCCUUGGACUGGUGGCAUGCGAACAGACACUGUGAACAACGCUUUGCACAGCUGCUCUUUGAGAUCAGGGACAGCGAGCUGGCUUCGGUCAGCAAACUGCUGCGCUCCCACCAAGGGCAAAGCUCUGUCUGGUUAGACGAGAGGGAGGCAUUCCUGCACAAACACAAACAGAGACGAAUUCACACAGCACCAAUCCUGGUGUUCAGAAACAAAACAGACACUAAGUACGUGAAGGUUCUGGCCAAAUUCCCCGUGAUGCCUGCUGUCACCGCCUGUGCCCACAUCCAGUGGGACAAGACGACCCAGGAGAUUUCCACCGUCUUCUCCUAUGCUGUCCCUGCUUUCAUUAACGAGUUCCAGCUGCGCGGCUUUGUUGAUGAGGAAGGAUUUGUACGAUUUGCCAUCAUCGUCCACGGACACCACUCCCCGUACCUGCCCGUGUUCCGCAGCGACGGGCAGUGGCAUCACUUCUGUGUCACCUGGCAGCAGCGGAACGGGACGUGGGCCAUCUACGCCGACGGGAAGAAGAAGGCCUCUGCCGCUGGACUGUGUGCCGCAGGGCCACCGGCCAGCCAGGCUAUUUAUGCUCAUGGAACUUUUAUUAUUGGACAGGACCAAGAUUCACUAGGGGGCACCUUCAAGGAGAAAGAGUCCUUCAGUGGGAACAUCACUGACCUGAAUGUGUGGCGGAGAGUCCUUAGCAGAGAGCAGAUAGAGAGAGUCCGGUCGUGCUGCCUGAUAGAACAUGAGCUUAUCUUCAGGUGGGGCAGUUACACUCUGGAGAUUGAGCCCGCUGUACAAGAAGUGACAGCACAGUUCCUUUGCCCAGGGCCUGUGGAGCAAUGCAGAGUUCUUGACGUUGGCAGUGGUGGAGUUCGUGACACUUCUUGUUCGCGUUCCUUGCCUUUCGUCUGCCACUACAAGAAGGAUGUGUAUUUACUCUUGAAGAAAAUCCAAUCAGAAUCCAGCCCGCGACUGAUCAGUCGGGUUAAUACCCUCGCAAAUGCUACCGUGAUUCCUGAGAAUAUUUUCUUGGGCGAUGUUAGAGACAUGAACAUCUCAGCAGCUGUCAAUGUUCUCCAUGUUCUGACGAUCGUCCUGAGGGAGGAGGAGACCCCAGUGAAGCCAGCUGACCUGCUUGGCGUGGUCCAGUUUCUAAAGCAAGUUUCAGACGUUGAAGUCCAGGAGCAGGAACAGCUGGAGAUCCUGGAGCAGCUGAGCCAGUAUUACGUGGAAGUGACUGGACUGAUCCUGGAGGAGCAAAAUACUGACCAGUGGUCAGAAAUCAGCCAGAUUAUCAGAGGGCCUAUGACUGUUGUAGAGAACAUGGACAGAAUGGCCUCAAACCUAGACCAACUUCUGACUGCAGAAAGGACAAAGAUAGCGAUCCAGCACAGGAACAUCAGGGUUGAAGUCAGGAAGAUGGAGCUCAGCCAGCAGGAGCCCAGCAGUGACGUGUAUCUGAUCCAAAGCCAGGAGACAGGCGGGCCUGACCUCAUAGAAGUUCCCCCUGAAGAAGUAGAAAGACUUAAAGCCAAAGGUCUCCACAGAGUCACUGCGAUCAACACGUGGUACGGCUACUCCUCCCUCCAGUGCUUCCUCGCGGGGAGCCGCACCGUGUUCCAGGAUGGGGCCACGUCUGACGGAGGACGGAGGUAUCUGAGCACACAGGUGGGCUCCGCUAUUAUUUCAUCCGUUCUACGCAGCGACUACCAGGAGAUCAGCACAUCGGUACGCUAUCGCCUGCAGCACCGCACCCAGGACCCGCCUGACAAGCUUGUGGAACCGAUCUGCGCUUUCUGGAACUUCAGCAUCAGCCCAGACACCGGGGGAAUGUGGUCCACUGUAGGCUGCUCCAUCAUAAUGUCUCACCUGGAAUCCACAGCCUGCUUCUGCAACCACACCACCAACUUUGCAGUGCUGUUGCAGGUGUAUGAAGUGCAGAGGAGCUCAGAGGAGGAGCUGACUCUGAAGACCCUGACGUUUAUUGGAUGUGGAGUUUCUUUCUGUGCCCUGAUCGUUACAUUCAUUUUAUUCCUGGCAGUCGGCGUUCCUAAGAGCGAAAGAACAACCGUGCACAAGAAUCUGAUCUUUGCUUUAGCUGCAGGUGAAGCUCUGCUCAUGUUUAGUGAAUUGGCCAAAACCAACCAGGUACUGUGCUUUGCUGUCACAGCUUUCCUCCACCUCUUCUUCAUGGCAGCCUUUUCUUGGAUGCUGGUAGAAGGGCUUCUCCUGUGGAGCAAAGUGGUUGCCGUCAACAUGAGUGAAGACAGGAGAAUGAAGUUUUACUAUGUGACUGGCUGGGGCCUGCCAGUUGUUGUUGUUGGUGUGACUCUGGCAACUUCAUUUAACAAGUACGUGGCAGACCAUCAUUGCUGGCUGAACAUUCAGACCGAUAUCAUCUGGGCGUUUGUUGGGCCAGUUCUCUUUGUUCUGACGGUAAAUACCUUCGUGCUGUUCCGGGUGGUGAUGGUCACAGUGUCCAGUGCACGGAGGAGGUCAAAGAUGCUGACCCCCAGCAGCGGCCUGGAGAAACAGAUUGGAAUCCAGAUAUGGGCCACGGCCAAGCCCAUCUUGGUGCUGCUGCCAGUCCUGGGCCUGACGUGGGUGUGUGGGGUCCUGGUUCACCUCAGCAUCAUCUGGGCUCAUGUCUUCAUUGUGCUGAACUCCCUCCAGGGCUUGUACAUCUUCCUGGUCUAUGCAAUCUAUAACAGUGAGGUGAGGAACGCCAUACAGAGGAUGAAGGAGAAGAAGAAAGCGCUCUCGUUCACAAACUGUUCUCAUCCGAUCAAUUAUCUGUCAAGUCCAAGAAAUACAGCUUCCUGGGAGACUGGGAAGCCGAGUCCCUCUGCGCCCGAGAGCACCGUGUCCAGCCCUGUGCAGAAGGAUCCCCCCCUGAAGAACAUUACCAACAAAGGAAACUUUGGUGCUAAAAUUCCAAUGGGGAUUUCCUCAAUGAUGUCACCAGAGAGACCGGCUGUAGAGCUGACAGCGUUCAAAUCCUCAGAGCACUGUAUGGCCCAGCCGCAAUGAAAUGCCACAUUUCAGACUGACCUGGCUCUCAGCUAGGAGACUCCCUUGCUGCACAGGCAGGGCUAGUGCCAAGGAAGCGAUGUUAGCUACCCUCGCCCUGUCCUGGGCCUCCUUGCUUGCACAGCGCCAUCUCACCCAGCAGCUCGCCAUCUUGUGUUCCUUGCAUCCUGUUUCACUGCUCUGCAAACCCCACCAAUCCCUGCACAUACCGGCUGUGCUCGAGACACCCAGAGCCAUGCCUUGCUGAGAGCCGUCUUGUGUGCCCAUGCCACAUCUUGCAAUGCCCAGCCCGCCUCCCCAUGCUGAGAACCUCUGCGCUCCUGUACGCACACCUUUCUUGCUAUCUCCACUACCCCCCUCUAUGCUGCACUGUGCCAGUCACCAACCCCUUGUGCCACAUGCUCUGGAAGGAGCACAGCCACCGCCUCUAGCCGCUUAGAACAGCGUCAUGUGCCAGAUGGGCCAGAUAUUGGAAAGCACCCCGCACCGCACCUGCACCCAGUGCAUGGAGCUCUUCCCGUCAAAGCACAACGCCAUCUGGCUUUCCUUCCGGGGGGCGGGGGGGGGGGCGGUGCCAGGUGCGGCGGGAUCAUUGAUCGCUUUGCAGGGAGGGGCGGGCAGAGGCACAUUGCGCUCUUUGCAGAGACUUGCUGACUUGGGGAAUGCUAAAGCCGCCUCCCCACCCCCCAGGGAGGCAGGGCUGUGACUGAAGCUGGGUGACUGGGAGAGAAAAUGCUGUGGCCGGCAGGUGAAGUCAGGGAGGGUGUGGGUUGGAAAGGCCGGAUUUCCAAAGAUAAAUGCAAUUGCUUAAUGUCCUUCUGUUCUGAAAUGCCUUGCCUAGCCUGGUGGGGCACAUCUUGCCCCUGCGGUGUGGAAACACUUCAUGAGAAGGAAAGACCAAGGCCGGACUAGAAAUCAGCAGAAUUAGAAACUGACUCUGCCCCUAAGCUUUGCCUCCUCACUCUUGGGAGCCCAGAAGGAAAGGUGGGCUAAUCCUUCUGUGCUACCUGGGUGUCGCUCCCUGCCUCGGUUUCCCCAGCUGUACAAUAGCACUACCCUACCCCCCAGGCAUGUUGUGAAGAUAAAUACGGUAAAGAGGAGGGUGCUCAGAUAGUGGGGUGGGGGGCUCUGUAAGUAGCAUCAAUAGACAGAGAGUGAAUUCUCCCCUCUCCAGAGGCCGGUGCUCCCUCCCGCUGCCAAGGGAGGGGUUUCACCUGAGAGCAGAGCUCUGCUCCUGUCCUUUGUCCCUAGCUGGGCCAGUUCCAACUUCCCCUGGCCAGCUCAGCCCACCAUUCACUUCAGAUUUGCAGGAGUUUCCUGGGCACAACCAAAGGAAUCUGCUCAAGGUCACAGCUCCAAGGAGGUGAGGCUUCUGCCUGGUACGGGGCGGGGAGCACUUUGCUGGACAGCUGUUGAAGGCAGAUGCCAUGCUUAGAAAUUCCCACUGCUGUGCCCAGAAGCUGGCCCCCAUCGGUUCCCAGGCAGCCGACUCUCUGCCUUGUCAGAAAUAAGGCAGGAGACUUUGACUGGAUUCUUCCAUUAUCUUCACCAGUCUCCCACUACUGUGCUCAGCUGACAGAGCAGGUUUGCUGGCUGGGCUGAGUUCAGGGACCCAGCCCGUGCAUCCAGGCAAUGCAAACCCCUCUCUGCCUCCUGAGUGCAUUUUUGAACUGGCUAUUGGUGCCAGAGCCCUUUGUUAGCUUUGUGAAAGGAAAAUCUGUCACCAGCUGAUGCUGGUAGGAUCAAAAUUCCUGCCCCGAGCUAUAGAGAACCUGUGUUUUUUGAGUUCCCAAAGCCAGAUGCAGGAUUGCCCAAGGGCAAAGAUGGCAGCAAAGCACUGAAUGCCCCAUCCAGAUCAGCCCUAAUGUGCAGGUAAAGCUAGGGGGUACCUCCCAAACUGAAGGGGUCUGAGGAAAGAUUCUUUUCCCAGGGAGCGGAAGUGAGGUGCAGUGGUCGAAGCAGGAGACUUGGCUUCUAGCCCAGACGCUGCCGGUGAUUCACCCUGUGACCCAAACAUGCCUCAUUCUCUUCCCGGCCCCAUGUCAGUAUGCAGGUGAUGACAUUUACCUCUCUUGGUAAUGGCCUGUGAGAGCUUUGGGUGACAAAUGGCUGACACGUGCCCCGUAUUAUGCGGAGAUGAAUAUCCAGCCAGCCAAGAAGACGAGAACUGAUGAGACGUAGAUUGCAGACAACAGAACUACUGGGUUGGAGAGGCAGGGGUCUUAGGAUCUGGGGGCUUCUCCGCAAGCCCCAGAGGAAUGGUAAACUGGAAAUUGCAAAGGGUUGGGUAGAAAAGUAUAGGGCAGUUCCUAAAAUGGCCCGUAUGCCAAAGUCCUUUAAGAAGCCAAAGAUGCCCAUGAGGCUGCUGAUUGAAUUGCUGUUCUGCAGCAGAAAAUGGUAAUCACCCUUAGAACUGUGGCUGUUGCAUUGGGUUGGCUGGCAUAGAAUCAAAGAAGCAUAAAGCAUGGCUUCUUUGUCUUUAUAAUCACUAAUGAUUAUUAACUAGUAACACUGCCUGGCUGGGGUGCCUGGCACUACCUUCUAGGAGAAGAAUCUUAAAGCACGUUACACUGCCGCAGGAGUUAAGGCUCAUAGCACCCCAGGGAGGUAAGUCAGGGCUGUUCCCUCUAUUUUACAGCUGGGCAAAUGGACCGAGACUUUUCAUAGAUCCCAAGGCCAGAAGGGGCCACUGUGGUCAUCUGGUCUGACCUACUGUAUGACACAGGCCAGAGAGCUGCCCCAGAAUCCUUCCUAGAGCAGAUCAUUUAGACAACAUCCCAUCUUGAUUUAAAAGUGGUCCGUGAUGGAGAAUCUACCGUGCCCCUUGGUAAAUUGUUCCAGUGGGUAAUUACCCUCACUAGGUAAAUGACUUGCCCAAGAUAACACAAUCGGUUAGUGCCAGAGCUGGGCUGUUGCCAGGCCGGUAAGCAGUGCUCCCCACAGUAGAGAACACAGCUGCACGCAGGUAACGCUGACAUUUCUUCACCACUGAUGGCAGAAGCCCAGAGCCUUGCGCAUGUUUAGGCUCCUAACUUCAGUGGUAAUCAAUGGAGCUGGGGCAGAGUCCAGUCUGUGAAUAUUACUUACCUGAGCCUUCGGUGAGACUGAUCCUUGUCUUGCUGGGCUUGCAGUUUGGCCAAGGCGUGCUGGUCAGCUCAGCGUGUGAGAGAAUUCUUUCCCCCCGGUGCAUUAGCAAGCCCCACUAAUGCACACCUCCGACUGUUCAGAUGUGUUUGAGGACUUCUGAAGCCAGCAGUUAGACAAAAGGAGGGCUUUGUGAUGCCUCUGUCAUUGAGGGAGACAAAAUGUAUCAGAGUAAAAUAAAUAUUUCCUUUCUGGUUUAAAUAUUCAGUGAACACAAAAGCCUCUGCACAAUGUACUUUGUGUCCUAAGAUAAUUUGUGUCCCUUUCUAUCUCACAGUCAAACAUGAUUCAGUUCUCAAGCGCCCUGAUGACAGUUCCUCCAGGAAGAUAUUGUCCAGUGGGGAUUGUUUUGUGCAGUGCUGGUUUUAUUCCUCUUAAAGACUAUUAAAAGG